AUGACGAGGAAGAAAGUGGAUCUAACAUAUAUAAAGAAUGAUUCAAAGAGGAAGACAACAUUAAACAAAAGGAAAAAUGGUUUAGUGAAGAAGAUUAAUGAAAUCAACAUUCUUUGUGGGAUUGAAGCAUGUGCUAUAAUUUAUACUCCAGAUAAUCCUCAGCCAGAGGUUUGGCCAUCUGAUAGGGCAGUCCAAAGUGUGCUUUCUAGGCUUAGGACAGUGUCUGAACUGGAGAAAGGUAAGAAAAAGUUGUGUCAGGAGAGCUUUUUGAGGCAGAGGAUCAUCAAAGCACAAGCACAACUGAGAAAACUAAGGAAUGAAAUAAGGAAGAAAGAGGUGACCCUUCUCAUGUUUCAAUACCUCAAUGCUAAUAACAACUUUGACAAUUCAAGAAUGAUUGAUCUUAAUGAUAUCUCAAACUUGAUUGAUCAAAACUUGGAAAAAAUAGAAAACAACAUCAGCAUGAGCCAAGCCCAAAAGGUGAAAUCUAUUGCUGAAAAUGGAGGAGAAACCAUGAGUUCCCUUGUGAAUCGUGUCAUAGGGUUAGAGACCCAUGUAGAGGCAAUGCAACAUAAUAACUUGUCUAUGGAUCUCAACAAUGGCUAUGGUGAUGAGAUAAGACCAUUGAGUGAGGUCAAUGUUCUAAGUCCUUAA